AUGGCCUUCCUCCAAGCGUUCAAGUUUGGCAGCGGCCUCUGGGAUCCGUCGCAUCGCUACGAGACGUCUUGGCUUCUGCCGCCCUGGCUGCUCUUUGUUUGCCGCACCCUCUUUUCCGUGUACGCAUUUACAACCCUCUUCUUCAACAUCGGCUGGAGCUGCACCCACGCCGACACCGGCGGCUGCCGGACCGCGCGCCGCUCCUUUUCCUUCUUCACGGUCCUGACCUACUGGGGCCUCGCCUUUUACUUUGCCGUCGCCGCCGCGCACACCCUCAGCUACCUCCGCAGCGGCGGGCGCGACUCCCUCCUCGCGCGCCUCCCGCGCCCCCUCCAGGCCCUGCACGCCCUCUUCUACACGUCCGUCGUCACGCUGCCCUUUCUCGUCACCAUUGUCUACUGGGGCGUGCUCUUCUCCGGGCCCUGGUUCGCCCGCCGCUACGACGCCUGGAGCAACGUCAGCGAGCACGCCCUCAAUAGCGUCCUCGCCCUCUUCGAGCUGCUGCUGGCGCGCGCCGCCCCGCCGCUCUGGGCUCACGCCCUCUGGCUCAUCGUCAUACUGCUCGCGUACCUCGCCGUCGCGUUCAUCACGCUCGCCGACCAGGGGUGGUACACGUACAGCUUCCUGGACCACGACAGCGUCGGUGGCCGCGGUUACGUCGCCGCCUACGUCUUUGGGAUUGCUGUGGGCAUCUUGGUCAUCUUUCUUGUUGUAUGGGGCCUGAUUCACCUCCGUGUAUGGGUCACGGAGAAGAAGCUCGGCAUGGAGGGCAAGUUUGCGGGCGGCCGACACCCUCGUCUGAAUGAGGAUGAGGAGGAGCUCGGUGCGAUGCAGCAGCCCAAGAAUCAGGCUGCCCAGUCGUUUGUUUAG